AUGCCUCACAAGCACAAGAGACGUGAGAAGGAUGCCUCACAAUUCGAUCUCCCGCCUUCGGUGAUCGCAAAGGCACUCCCCGUGCGCAAUCCGGAGUCCAAGGCCCAGAACAACCAAAAGCCAGGACAAAAGGGACCAAAGCAGCAACAAGGUGGCAGCAAGAAGAAUGCCGUGUCAUUGGAACAUACCCGCAGCAAGCGCGCCAAGGAGGACGACACUCCCCGAGCUUUUCGUCAUUCAAGACCACAGGCCGACGUGCACCCUCGGGAUUCGAGACGGGAGAAAAGAAAAAGCAAAGCGGACAAUAAGAAGCGGAAGCGUGAAGAUGCGGACAACAAGGGAUCCUCGAACAAAAAGCCCGCCAAAACGCUGUCCGAACAGAAAGAAGCCGCUGGCAAGGACGCCAAGCAAAUGAUUCCGAAGAUUCUGCCCGGCGAGAAGCUUUCGGAUUUUUCAGCGCGCGUUGACCGUGCGCUUCCUCUUGCUGCUAUUACCAAGACACAAGCUGGUGCGCGCAAGGACCGCGAUCACAAGAUUACGAAGCACGAAAAGCAUCUACGAAAAUUGCAGGCUGGUUGGCGUGAGGAUGAGGCCAAGAUUCGGGAGAAGGAAGAAGAAGAGAGGGAGGAACGCGAAGAGGAGAUGGAAGAGCAGAUUGAACUCAUGAAGAAAUGGGACUUGGAGAGACGGGGUGGUAAAGCCAGAAAGAAGGGAACUGUGCCCAAGAAGAAGAAUAAGUCGGGCAACGCUGGGGAUGUCGGCGAUGAUGACCCCGACCCAUGGGCGAAGCUGAAGAAGCGCGACAAGGAGAAGAAAGCCAAUCCGUUCGAGGUUGCGCAGGCACCGCCGGAACUUAAGGCACCCCGAGAGAUCUUCAAGGUACGCGGUGGUGCAAAGGUCGACGUUGCCAACGUGCCCAAUGCUGUUGGUAGUUUACGACGACGAGAAGAGCUGGCUUCCGAGCGGAGGAAUAUUGUGGAGGAAUACCGGCGAAUGGUGGCUGAAAGGCGCCAGUAA